GCACUUUACAAAGUGACAUGCAUGUAAGCCUGGCUCAUUACUUCUUGUUGUUCUCUAUUUUGCUCAUAUGCCCCUCCUCUUGGUUUGGAGUAUCUGUAUGUUGUGUUUUUUAAGACGGCGAGGUGGCUCAUACUGACAGAGACAGAGCGCAAAGCUCCCAGGAGGAUUAUUCCCACCAGCAGCCCUUUUGUCGCUGAGCCCCGGGGUGACUUUUCCUCCACCUGCACCCAUGACUCGCACGCUGCAUGGAGGUGGAUUGUGUUAUUUUUUGGUAUUGCUGACACUGUUGCUGUCUCAAGCCGACGGGUUGCAGUGCUACGCCUGCAACAUCGUGCAUGAGCAGAGGUACGUGGAUGUAGGCUGCUCAAGCCCUGAAGUCAUCACCUGCUCCCACUCUCACAAGGGCUUCAAGCAUCGUUUCUGCAUCAGGACAGAGAGCGUUGCAUUGGGAAUCAUGUUGACCAGUGGCUGCGCCACAUCAAGACACUGCCACACAGAGGAGCUGCCGGGGGUGAAGAUCCACUGCUGCGGCUCUGAUCUGUGCAACAGCGCCCCCAGCAGGCGAACGACAACACUACUGCCUGUUUGCUCAUUGACAUUUGCUCUGUUGCUAUUGUUCAACGGGUGAUAGUAAAAAAAUACCUGCGUAUUAUACUACCUUGAACUUGGGAAGUCAUGGCAGUCACAUUCACUGCCUAUUCUUAUGAGGGACAAAAUGAUAAAACAUAGAGACCAAUGAUUUUUUUUAUUUCUUUUGUAUUUCAAAAAUUCAUUGUGUGGGGAAAUGUCGAACAAAGUAUGUGUAAUGGUACUUUAAAAUAGUGUAGUCUUUAGCUCUACAGUAAAUGGACUGGACAAGUGGGAUCUUUUUUUAAUAUUCUUUAUAAGUCAGAAAAUGACUUUUAACAUGUAAAGGGUGAUGUUGUAGAAGAACCAUUUUUGGGUCCUCAAAAAAAACAUUUAGUUAAAGUUUUUUUGUCUUUCUUACUCUUUUAUAAUCUUUGUGACGUUAAACGUUUUUUUAUGGAACCAUUCAGCCAAACAUUGUUUCUCUAUGGCAUCAUGAAGCACCUUAUAGGUUUGUGUCCCCCCUGAUAAAACACACCUGGCAUUUGCACAAAAAUUAUGCCAUAAUUAUGAUGUUGAUUUUUUAAAAAUAGUUAUUUUUAUGGAGCCAAAACAUGAAUGCAUUUCAGAGUUUGUAGUCAUCUAGUCCGGUGGUUUUCAACCUUUUUGAUGGCAAGGACCUCCAAAAAUGAUGAACCUAGUGAAGUACCCCUGUCCUAAAAUAUAUAUCCAUACUUUUUAUAAAGUGUCAUUUAAAACUGUGUUAGAUAAAUAGUAAUUGUCAUAUUAUAAAGACAGCAAAUUGUUUACAAACUUGCUAGAUUUUUUUGCUUUGUCUUUUUUCUCUUUAAAAGUGCAGUGUGUAAAUUUUAGUGGCAUCUAGUGGUGAGGUUGCGAAUUGCAACCAACGGCUUAGUCCACGGCUCACCCCUCGCUUUUGAAGCACAUAGAGAAGCUACGGUAGCCGCCACCGAACAAACAUGUCAUCGUCAAUGACAACUUAGUAAAAAAAUGUCCUUUAAGGGCUUCUGUAGAAAAAUGGCAGCACAACAUGGCGACUUCCAUGUAAGGGGACCCUCGGUGUAUGUACAUAAAAAGGUCUCGUUCUAAGGUAAUAAACACAUAAUGGUUCAUUAUGAAAGGUCUUUAUACACCCCUGAUAAUAUAGUUUUGUAUAUUAUUUUGCAUUUCUGUCAAAAGAUCCUUCUAAAAAUUACACACUGCACCUUUAAAUUUUCUGUGGGAACCCUGGGGGUAAACGCAUGAUCUAGCCCACAUGAUAUAGUGCAUAAAUUGCUGCUCCUUAUUAUAUCAGACAGAGAAUUAAACUCACUCUCACUAUGUCGUGUCUAGUGCACCAAGGUACAGGAGAUGGCAGUGUUUCACAAUCUCUUCAUACAACAGUUCACCUUAAAAUGAAAAUUCAGCAUUUACUCCACAGCCAUCCCUGGUGUAGUUACACAAAUGUAUCUUUAGUUGAAACCAAACAAUUAUUUAGAAACGUAUGCCGUCUCUCUGGGUCCCUAUAAAUAAAGCCAGUUGGACUCAGAAUGUUAAAGCACCAAAUACAUUUAUCAUGAAAUUAAUCCAUAUGCCUUGAGUUAGUUAAUAAAUAAUGUAUUUGAAAAAUAUAGAUUUUUAAACUUUUUAAACUAUAACAUUUGCCUACAUCUUCAGCAGGGGAAUAGAUGUGAAAGGACCAAUAUUGCGUGUUAAACAGGAAUUGAGGCUAAACUUUUAGACAGAAAGAAAAAAAAUAGUGCACUUUUUG